AUGCCAGAAAAGCUCCCAUGGGAGAGAGUGGUUCCUAUACAUGAUAUACUCAAGGUGUUGACACCAGGGUCUGCCACUGUAAUUCGGUUCCCAGCCAGUAUUAUGCUUCCUAGAGCAACUGAGGAUGAACAAGCUAUCCUGAUACUUACUGUGAGGAAGCUUCAUCCCGCAGAUGAGCUAAAGGUGGCUAUCUCAUGGGAGCGCCUUGCGUUACUAGAUCAAAUCCCCAGGGGUAUAGAAGCGCUGUUCUUCAAUGUGAUGUCAGAUUCGGGUUGGAAUAUUCCGGCAGAAGAUAUCUCACAGAUUGCAAAAAAGUGGACACCCCAGCUAGAAGGCGAUAUGCGUCAAUUCUGGUCCCAGUUCAGUGUGAUAUACUGUAAAGAUCUUAAAACAAAGGAGGAUAUCCUUGUGACCUUCUUCCAAAUCUGUACUAAGGCAUUCUGA